AGCACUUUGUAAACAUUACGCAACUUUGUAGUAACUACAACCACAUUGCUGUCGUGCAAACUAAGAGACAUAGCGUGUCUUCAUGAUGAAGCCAGCCUGUUGCAGCUCUGCGGGAGUGAAAGAAACACCCAGACAGACAGAUAAACAAACACUGACAGAAUGAUCAGAAUGAUGAGACACGCGCUGCACACGGGGAGAGGAGCCCUCUGUCUGCGCAGCUUCUCUGAAACUAGAGGAGAGGUCAUUGAGGAUGUUCUUCAAAGGACAGACUCUGCACGUCUCACAAACGAGGCGUCUCUCUACGUGCACUGGCCUUACUGUCUCAGAAGGUGUUCCUACUGCAACUUUAACAAAUACAUACCCAGAGAGAACAAUGAUCACAUGAUGACCGAGUGCCUUCAGAGGGAGACUGAGACGUUGCUGCAGCUCAGUCACGUAUCCUGCAUCACAUCAGUGUUUUUUGGUGGUGGGACUCCAAGCCUGGCUCAUCCCUCAACCAUUGCUGCAGUCCUUGAAACCGUUUCCAGGCAGGCGAACCUCUCAGAUACAGCUGAGGUCACACUGGAGGUCAACCCUACUCCUGUGGGAAGGUCAAAGUUAGAGGACUUCUUCCAUGCAGGGGUGAACCGUUUCUCCAUUGGGGUCCAGUCUUUGCAGGAUGAAGAUUUGAAAGUCCUGGGAAGAGACCACAGCCCUCAGCAGGCUUUGCUAACUGUGGCAGAGGCCAGGAGGCUGUGCCCCGGGAGGGUGUCGGUGGACGUCAUGUUUGGACGUCCCAAACAGAGCGUUGAAUCCUGGGAGAAUGAGUUGUCUGAGCUGUUAAGGGUGUGCGACGACCACGUGUCUCUGUACCAGCUAACAUUGGAGCGAGGCACACAGCUGUUCAAACAGGUGCUGGAAGGAGAGGUGACCCUGCCCACUGAAGAGGAGACAGCAGAGAUGUACCUGUGUGCCAGGAAGACCCUCCACCAGCACGGCCUCCUGCAGUACGAGGUGUCUAACUUUGCCAGACAAAACGCAGUGAGUCAUCACAACAGGAGCUACUGGAAGGGAGCGCAGUACAUCGGGGUCGGCCCAGGAGCUCACGGAAGGUUUGUCCCUGUGGGGGAGGGGGGGGUCCUCCGCGAGGCCCGGACCCAGACUCUGGAACCUGACAUCUGGAUGCGUGAGGUCCAGCAGAAGGGACAUGCGACACGGAGGAGGAUUCAACUCAGCAAUCUUGAACUAUUGGAGGAGGUGUUGGUGAUGGGAAUGAGAAUGACGGAAGGCAUUAAUCACAAGCAUUGGGAGUUGUUUAGCCCUCAACUGGGCCUCCAUGAAGUGUUUGGUACAUCCAGCGACGUCCAAGAGUUGCUUCAGAGAGGACAACUCAUUCUUGAUGAGAGAGGCCUGCGCUGCUCCUGGGAGGGACUGGCCUUACUGGACAGCCUGCUGCCAGCUCUACUGGUGGAGCUGGAGAGAAGAGUCAGUCAGAGGCUACAGGAGGACGAGCAUGCUAAAGGACAAACAAAUAGGACCUCUAACACACGAUGACUGUAUUGGUAACAAAGGCAAUAUCUUCGGAGAAAGCUUUAUUGAGGGUCUGGCGGACAGGACGUGUAAAACAAUACUCAGAACAAGCAGAUAUUUAUUAAAACAACCCCACAUAUUUAAGUUUUAUGUUGUGUUGAAAUUCAUUAUUUAAGCCUUUGCCAUAUUUUACACUGUUUUCUCUUUAGUGUUACUUUGCUGUUUAGUUGGCAGCACAAACCUACCUUUGUUUGUAUGGAAAUAUAACAGGCCCCACAGGCUUUUAUAUUAUAUUGUCUCUUUAUCGCACUGUAAGUACCGUCAUCACUCUGAUUGGAUAAGAACAUUAGAUGUUAAUAUAUUUCAUAAGGCCUUGAGGUGCUAUCAUGCAGUUAUUGCUUGCGCUGAAAGAUUUCUUAAAAGAUCUUUUCAUUCAAAUAUGAUUAUUCCUCUCCCAGUACACAGGAUAGUGUGAGAAUAAAGGUUUUAAUUCAUGGAUA